AUGGCUGGGCUGCCCCGCAGGAUCAUCAAGGGAACCCAGCCUUUGCUGGCAGAACCAGUUCCUGGCAUCAAAGCAGAACCAGUUGAGAGCAACGCCCGUUAUUUUCAUGUGGUCAUUGCUGGCCCUCAAGAUUCCCCCUUUGAGGGAGGGACUUUUAAACUUGAACUAUUCCUUCCUAAAGAAUACCCAAUGGCAGCCCCUAAAGUACGUUUCAUGACCAAAAUUUAUCAUCCUAAUGUAGACAAGUUAGGAAGAAUAUGUUUAGAUAUUUUGAAAGAUAAGUGGUCCCCAGCACUGCAGAUCUGCAUAGGUCUGCUAUCAAUCCAGGCAUUGUUAAGUGCUCCCAAUCCAGAUGAUCCAUUAGCAAAUGAUGUAACAGAGCAGUGGAAGACCAACGAAGCCCAAGCCAUAGAAACAGCUAGAGCAUGGACUAGGCUAUAUGCCAUGGAUAAUAUUUAA